GCGGAUAAAGCCUCUCUCCUCAUCGCACUCCACUCAUCAACAGACUCCCAGAAAACUAUCCGGGUUCCCUUUUGUCUUUCUGUUCUCCUGUCUUUCUUUUACUUCUUGAUUUGUCCCCACCAAGGUCGCUAUCGUAUCGCUCAUUCUACAUCGAUUCAAGUCACUCCGAUCAUGACCAUAGAAUCGAGCUCCGUCGCUAUAUCUACGCCCAGAUCCCGGCCCCGUGCUGCAACGACUGUGCAACCAGCUCCCACCUUUCCCGCGUCACUUUCUUCCCGACGCUCUUCACAAGUCAUGGCCCCUCUUACGCUCUCGCCUACUCUCAACGCCUCAGCAGCAAGCCCGAUGCCGGCCGUUGGGGAUCAAGAGACUUCACGGGCAGCCGCAGUGUCUGGCCCACUACGUCAUCCCAAACCGCUGACCCCCUCCGAUAUCCAUUCGAUGUUGGAGCAAGAGCAAGAAGCAAUGGUUAAUCGGCUAUCGAGAGAACUCUCUCUUCUUCGCCAACAAACAGCCUCGGUCGCAUCGACAACAUCAUCUACAUCGACUACACUCAACGAUCCUAUGGACUCUCUACACGCCUCCCCGUAUGCCAUCAGCUCCACGGUUCCGACGACUUCGCGCCGACAUCGCUCCUCUUCCAGCCUCAGUUCUUCCUACAUCCCCGCGGUUCAAGGGUCGCGGACGGGCAGCGGGUUCGGAAUCGCACCGUCGAGGGAGACACAGCUACCGUCGACCCGCACGGACUCGGGUAGGAGUCGAGAGCCGUCGCUCACUUCUCGACAAUCGGACGCAGCAUUGUCACAGCAUCACUUGCCGUCGACCGAUCAGCUUUCACCCUCCAUAGGAGGUUUCCCUCACCGGAACUCGAUCACUCAGCAGAAGAGCCCGGUUAUUCCUCCCUCCCGCCACGAGGAGCUCCUAGCCCAGCGGGAAGAGGUAGAUAUGCUGAAGCGGGAGAAUGAGACUCUACGUCGCCGUGUGCGGGAACUAGAGCUGAUUGUUCGAAAUUCUCGAGAACAGGAGCGUGCUACAGACCACUCCACUCCUGAUACAGCGCGUUCCGGCGGAGAACAGGGGAGGGAGAUACUAGAUUCCGAGAAUUGAAGCAAUCUCGCUUCUGGUGGUAUGACUCGGUCUUUCCAUGCUGGAGUUUCCAAGAACAGUGUUCUUCAUUCAGCUGGCCAGGUGCUCAAUCAUCAAUCCAAUAGAUUAUUCUUCUCAGGCGUACGUGGCUUUGGGGAUUGGAAUCCUAGAACUUCUCCCUCAUUUCUUCUCGUUUUGCCGUAGGUAAAGUCUCGAAGGAGUUGAGUCGGGCAAAAAUUCUACUGCAGGUGCUCAUAGUAUC